AUUAUUUCUACAUGUGCCGGGUCGGCAGCUAAACUUCAUAUAAAAAGAUUCAAUCGAAUCGAAGCGUCCAGAAACAAACGAAAUUUAAUUUGAAACCAGUACAAAUACUCCAAACCAUGGCUGCUGAGGAGGGAAAGUUUGACAACAUAUUCCUGGCCGUGGCCGAGAAGCAUCACGGUGGCGUGCCCGAGUUCCUUGGCACUUUGGCCAGUUUUCUGCGCCGCAAGACCGACUUCUUCACGGGAGCCAAGCAAUCGGAGUGGGAGAAGCUGCUGCUGGAUGUCUUCAACAAGGAGUCCAAGCUGGCCAUAACUGAAAACAACGAAAAGAUAAAGGCUCGCGAAGCCUCCCAGCGCCUGAAGGCGGAGAAGGAGAUAGCCGAAAGGAAGGCCCGCCAGAAGGAGAUCGACAAUAACAAAAUAUGUGAUAUCACCGACGAAGAGGCAGCGGCCAUUAUCAAGGAGGAGGAGAACAAAAAACGCCAGCAGCUGCUGGAUAGCGCUGGUGGAGAGCCAUCUGCCUCGAACCGCGAUGGCAUCUCCAAGCCCAUCGAGAAAGUGGACGAUGAAUCCGAUAAGAGUGAGCUGGGUAAGCUGAUGCCGAAUGCAGGCAAUGGCUGCACCUUGGACAAAUACACCUGGACCCAAACUCUGGAGGAGGUGGAGCUCAAGAUUCCGUUUGACUUAACAUUCAGUCUACGCGCACGUGAUCUAGUGAUCAGUAUUGGUAAGAAGUCGCUGAAGGUGGGCAUCAAAGGUCAAACGCCCAUCAUCGAUGGCGAACUGUGCGGCGAGGUGAAGACGGAGGAGUCCGUGUGGGUCUUGCAAGACAGCAAAACCGUGAUGAUCACUCUCGAUAAGGUCAAUAAGAUGAACUGGUGGAGCCGCCUGGUCACAACCGAUCCGGAGAUCUCGACGCGCAAGAUCAAUCCAGAGUCUUCCAAGCUUUCUGAUCUGGAUGGGGAGACUCGCAGCAUGGUGGAGAAGAUGAUGUAUGAUCAGCGACAGAAGGAGUUGGGUCUUCCCACCAGUGAGGAUCGCAAAAAGCAGGACAUACUUGAGAAAUUUAAGCAACAGCAUCCUGAGAUGGACUUCUCCAAGUGCAAAUUCAAUUAAUCUUACAUUCUCAACUUAACUUGUAUACUUUCGCUUUCGCACUUUUGUCACUUUUACACAUUUUAAAUGUGAAUCUUCUUCAUUUCCCAACCACACAAUAAACUAAUGCAAGCAAAAUGAAAACGA